UCUAUUGGUAGGAUAAGCAUAUUAAGAAACAUAUUUAAUGAUAGGUCACUGUAUUCGAUAUCAUUUGAAGAAUUAAUAUGCUUUCUUUAGUCUAUGUUCAAAACUAAUACCAGAAAUCAGAUUUGACAUAAUUUAAGUAACGGUAUAAGACAAAUGAUUGCCGUUUAUCAAAUUCAGACAUAAGACAAAGCAAUGCUAUUUAGAAUAGACCAUGUAGCUACAAUUAAAUUAGGAAAGGUAAUUCAAGAAAUCAAAAUUCAUCAAAAGUUGACAUAAUUUAAAGGAGCAUAGUAAAACAGCCAAAAUGUAUCUGUUAUGUAAUGAUAGGUUUUAGUUAAAUAUGAUAUUAUUAUGUGUACGGGAUUGAGAAUAUGUUUUGUGUGAUAUACUUUAAAAGAUGAUUAAACGCUUGAUUUAACAUCCAAUUUCAAAAUUUCGAAAUCUGAUCAUUAAUAAAACAAAAGUAAAAGCUGACAACGACAUCCGUUUCGGGUCUUUAGAAAUUACCGGUUCAGUAAAACAAACAAAUUUAAUUUUUCUUUGUUUAUAAAGCCGUUCCUCAAAGAGACCACCAACACAUUUCGUCUUUGUUCUCUCUCUUUCUUUCUUUUUUUUUCUCAAAUAAAAAAAAGUCAGAAAAUGAAGAACAAUGCAAAUACUAAUCUGAUCCUCUUCCACCACCACACUCCCUUACCCUCUAAAUCAGCUUCCGCCCUCGCCGCCGCGAAUCACCACCGCCUCUUAUUCAUCUUCUUCCUAUCUUUCUUCACCUUCCUCUUCUCACUCACUCUCUUCUCAUCCUCACUCCACUCCGCCGCAACAACCUCCCACUCCCUCUCCUCAUCUUCACCGUCCUCCUCCUCCCUCUCACCGCCCAUCCUCGCCGCGCUUCUCCACUACACCUCCUCGUCACCACCAAACACCUCAAUGUCUCUCCCCGAACUCUCCGCCGUCUCCACCGUCAUUAACUCCAAAGGCCCCUCCUGCAACCUCCUCGUCUUCGGCCUCUCCCACGAGUCUCUCCUCUGGAGAUCUGUAAAUCUCAAAGGCCGUACCGUCUUCGUCGACGAAAACUCUUACGCCGUUUCCAAAUUCGAGCAGAACAAUCCUGGUGUUGAAGCUUACGACGUCGUUUACUCGACCAAAGUCUCUCAAGCCGGUAAGCUUUUGGGUUAUUAUAAAACCCGACCGGAAUGUCGACCGGUUCAGAAUCUGUUGUUCUCGGAUUGUAAACUGGGUAUCAACGAUUUACCCAACUUCGUGUACGAGAUCGAGUGGGAUGUGAUUCUGAUCGAUGGGCCGCGUGGGUACGCCGGAGAUUCCCCGGGAAGGAUGGCUCCGAUUUUUACUUCGGCGGUUUUGGCGAAGAGUAAAGAUUCCGGCAAGAAGAAGACGACGGAUGUGUUUGUGCAUGAGUUUGGGAGGAAGCUUGAGAGAGUGUACAGUGAGGAGUUUCUAUGCGAGGAGAAUCUUAUUGAGGUCGUCGGAGAGUUAGGGCAUUUUGUUGUGGCGGCGGAAAAAGGGGAGAAACAGGGGAACGGGUUUUGUCGGAAUUCUACGAAAUUGUCGGAGCCAUUUACGCCGGAUAGUGGUGGCGAUGCAGAGGUCGGUGUUGAUGAUGACUGAAAGUGAGUUACUUUUGGACUUUUGGUGGCUCUUUUGUAAUUAAUCUAGCUUUGAGGGCUUCUUUUUUUUUUUUUUACUGUCGUUUAGUUUUCUCGUAUGUUUUGAUUUGGAGACGGUUACACAUGAAACCAUGAUGUAAUCAAAAAUUCCAAAUAUAAAUGUCAACUAUAUUGAUGAAAGCAUCAAAUUUGUGAUCAAUUUCA